AACGGUGGAGAAAAGGGGCGGAGAGAGAAUGAAGAAGAGGCGAGCGGUGAGAUCGGAAUUGGGGAUUUCGCUGGCGAAGUCGAUUUCGAUUUUUUGCUGUUCUAUAAGCUUGGACACUGGUAUUGGGGUUCCGUGUAUUUUUUCUGCUCAGAUAGAUAGAAAGGGAGCUGUCACGAUAAAACUGCUGUAUCAAUGAUCAGCAGCUCCAACUCACACAUAUAACUCAUAUAUUACUUACCUACUUAUAUUCAUGUUUUUCAUUUGGAACAAUCUAUUCUAUUAUCUUGGGAGAUCGAAGUUUUAUCUUGGCCUGUCUACUUGAAAGACUGGUAGAACUUGCGAAUGCUACAAGCAUGUGGCAGAUGAAUAAGUUCCGCAGAAAAAUCAGGUUCUACUGGUUCAUGGUUUCGCCAUAAUUCACUUUAUGUGGAUUCUGGCGUUGAGGCACUAAAAAAUGGGCAGUAUUAAAGAGAGAUUGAGAACACGGCUGCUGGAUUGGGGCAGCAGCUCUGAUGAUGUGGCUGAGAUAUGGAGUUCUAUCAUCACUUACUUUACUGCUAUCUCCAUCAGUCUUCUGACUUUCUUGUACCUUUUCUCCUUAUGGAGGCGAAACAUUAGUUUGAGCUGGAUGAAAACUAUAGCGAGAUCAAAGAAGCACUCAAAGGCCAAACAUAAAGCUCCCGUUGCUGCUCAUGUUUGGAUAACGGAAUCUUAUAAUCGUGCAAAAGGUCUAAAGUGUUGUGUGUGCCUGGAAUCUAUUUCACCCGUGCAACCCCUCGGGCAGAUGAUUACGUCAGAACUUUCGAUCCAUCGCUGUGAUGUUUGUGGGGCAGCUGCUCACAUUACCUGCUCUCCAAAUGCCCAUAAAGAUUGUAAAUGUGUUUCUAUGGUUGGUUCUCAGCAUGUGAUUCACCAGUGGAUUGUUUUAUGGGCGGAAAUGGCCGAUCGAUCAGAGGAGACUCCUUGUUGCAGUUAUUGUGAAGAGCCUUGUGGUGGGUCUUUUCUUGGUGGACCCCCUAUUUGGUGCUGUAUGUGGUGUCAAAGGCUAGUGCAUGUUGAUUGUCAUUCCUUGAUGGCUGGUGAAACAGGUGAUAUUUGUGAUUUGGGACCAUUUAAGCGCCUUAUCUUGUCACCUCUUUAUGUAAAAGUUAAAAGUGGAGCAGGUGGCGGAUUUUUGAGCUCUAUUACGCAGGGUGCAAAUGAAUUCGCUUCUACUGUUCGAGGACAUAUCAGGAGUCAGAGUAAGAGGUAUAAGCAGCACAAUAAGUUACCAGCAGAUUCAGCCAAUACAAACAGUGCUAAUGAUUCAUCUUCAGAAAGCGUGGCAGAUGGACAUUUAACUCCUACGGCAUCAAAAGCUAACGGGACACAUUAUGAUGCGAACGGUGAUCCGGGGAUCCAGCAUGAGAGUAGUGAAAGUGAUUAUAAAGAGGAGAAAGAAUUGCGUCCAAGAAGAAGUUCAUCAUUUAAUCAAAUGGAGGAUUCCCAGAUGGGUGGGACUAACCAAAGAUAUGAAUUGAUUGAUUUACCACCUGAUGCGAGGCCUCUAUUAGUUUUCAUCAACAAGAAAAGUGGAGCCCAGCGUGGAGAUUCGCUCAGACAUCGUUUGCACUUUCUUCUAAAUCCUGUACAGGUCUUUGAGUUGAGUUCGGCACAGGGCCCUGAAGCAGGACUUCAUUUGUUCAGAAAGGUACAGCACUUCAGAAUUCUUGUUUGUGGUGGAGAUGGCACAGUUGGUUGGGUUCUUGAUGCCAUCGACAAACAAAAUUACGAAUCUCCUCCACCAGUUGCGAUUCUUCCCGCCGGCACUGGUAAUGAUCUAGCUAGGGUUUUGUCCUGGGGAGGCGGUCUCGGUGCUAUAGAGAGACAAGGAGGUCUAUGCACGAUUUUGUACCACAUAGAGCAUGCUGCGGUCACCAUUCUUGAUAGGUGGAAAGUAACAAUAGAAGAUUCACAGACAAAGCAUGCCCGCUCCAUAAAAUAUAUGAACAAUUAUUUAGGGAUCGGGUGUGAUGCAAAGGUUGCUCUUGACAUUCACAAUCUUCGUGAAGAAAACCCUGAAAAGUUCUAUAACCAGUUCUUAAAUAAAAUGCUUUAUGCGAAAGAAGGGGCGAAAGCCAUCAUGGAUAGAACAUUUGCAGACCUGCCUUGGCAAAUCAGAUUGGAGGUAGAUGGCGUUGAGGUGGAAAUACCUGAGGAUGCUGAGGGUGUCCUUGUUGCGAAUAUCGGAAGCUACAUGGGUGGAGUCGAUCUGUGGCAAAAUGAAGACGAGAAUUAUGACAAUUUUGAUCCUCAGUCCAUGCACGACAAGAUGAUUGAAGUCGUGAGUAUCAGUGGAACAUGGCAUCUCGGGACGCUUCAGGUUGGACUUUCCCGAGCUCGGCGGCUGGCGCAGGGGCAAUCAAUAAAGAUUCAGCUGUUCGUGCCCUUCCCUGUUCAGGUCGACGGCGAGCCUUGGUUCCAGCAGCCUUGCACAUUACUGAUAUCUCAUCACGGGCAGGCUUUCAUGUUGAGAAGAGCCGCGGAAGAGCCUCUCGGUCACGCCGCCGCGAUAAUUACCGACGUUCUUGAAAACGCCGAGACGCGCAGCAUCAUUACAGCUUCGCAGAAGAGGGCCCUUCUUCAAGAAAUGGCUCUAAGGCUUUCUUAGUGCUGCAUAAAUUUUUGCCGCGCGGAAACACAAAGAAACUAAAACUCAUAUACUCAAAUCCUAUCUCUUGCCUUUAUCUGAGGUUCAUUGAGCACACAGUAUAGAAUCAAGUGUUACAGGUUUUGUACAUAUUUUUAAGUUAUUUUUUGUCAAAUUUUAGAUGGUUUUGGCCUUUAAUAGUUGGUAUAAUUAAAGUUAUAUUGCUUGUAAUUUUAUGAUGCGAUCCUUUACUUUUUGCUAUUGGCCUAGUAGGACCCUUUUUUUGUGUGUGUGUGUGGAAAGAGUACAUUAUGGGGAUGUGAUUGAUGAGAUUUCUAGUUAAAGAAAAGUUAUAUUAAAUGAUUUCUAGUUAAAUGGAAA